GAGUGAGCGCCUGCCUGUGCACCCAUGGGCAGAGCGCGCACCCUGUCGCCAACGAGGAAAGCGCAUGGGCCCCCGGGAAGAAAGUGAGAUGGUCGGCUAGGAGCGUGAGGGAGAGUGGUCUGGGAAUCAAAUAGCUCCUGUCCUUUGGAGACAUUAGGUGAUCGACACAAGAAAAUGCAAGUUGCGGUGAUUGGUGCUGGUGUGAUUGGUUUGUCUACAGCUCAAUGCAUCAUUGAACGCUUUCACUCUGUAGUCAAACCGUUGAAUAUUGUGGUUUACGCAGAUCAGUUUACACCACAUACUACAAGCGAUGGAGCUGCAGGAUUAUGGCAACCGUAUGUGAUAGAUCGAGGAAUCCCAGAGGAAGUCAAAUGGAACAAGGAAACAUUUGAAUACCUUCUGAAGUAUGUGAAUUCACCUGAUGCCAAUGAGAUGGGCUUGUUUUUGCAGUCUGGAUACAACAUCUUCAAAGAACCACCGCUGGACCCAUCCUGGAAAGAUGCUGUUUUGGGGUUUAGACAUUUGACAGAAGAAGAACUUAAAUUGUUUCCUGGAUUUAGCCAUGGGUGGUUUAACACUGCACUAAUGUUGGAGGGAAAGAGCUACUUACCAUGGUUGAUGGAGAGGUUAAAAGAACACGGAGUCCAGUUUGUCCAAAAGAAAAUACAUUCCUUCCAGGAGUUAUCUCCAGAUUUUGAUGUGGUAGUGAAUUGUACGGGCAUUCGAGCACAAGAGCUGCAGCCAGACCCAGAACUGAUACCUGCUCGAGGACAGAUCAUAAAGGUUUAUGCACCAUGGAUAAAGCACUUCAUUAUUUCACAUGAUCACAGGGCUGGAAUUUAUUCCAAACCAUAUAUUAUACCAGGAAGCAAAUUAGUAACUGUGGGAGGAAUCUUCCAACUUGGGAAUUGGAAUGAGGAGAAUGAUCCCAAAGACCACAACACAGUGUGGGAAGGUGGAUGCGAGCUUGUACCUAGUCUGAAGAAUGCCAAGAUUGUCGAAGACUGGACUGGACUUCGACCUACCCGGAACAAAAUUCGAAUAGAGCGACAAAUCUUUAAUACAGGGACAAAGAAAUUUGAGGUGAUUCAUAACUAUGGUCAUGGGGGUUAUGGUCUGACUAUUCACUGGGGCUGUGCCAUGGAAGUAGCAAACAUCUUUGGAAGGAUUCUUCAAGAGAAGAAACCCAGCUGGAGAUCCCGGUUGUAAUGAUUCAGAGUCACACUUACCUGUCUGCCUUGCUGUCACUUCUGCUUUUUCAAAUGAUGAUGAUAAAUGGCCCCAAAACAAGUAGAAACUUCUCCUCGUUAACUCCGAUUUUCAUGAGUUGGAAAGCCUCCCAAGAUAUUUGAAAACGACAGACAGAUUCUGCCCCCAUUCUUGGUACUUCCGAAUUUCACUGGCACAGGAUAUUGUUGUGGGUAGUGAACCCAACCCCUGCAUUUUAUUUUUUCUUAAUUAUUCACUCGUGCAACGUGGGCGUCACUAGCUGGCCAGUAGUAAUUGCCUGUCCCUAACUGUCCUUGAAUGGAGUGACUUGCUAGGUAAUUUCAGGGGGCAGUUGAGAGUCAAACACAUUGCUGUGGGAGAGGAGUCACAUGUAGGCCAUACCAGGUGGUGAUAGUGGACUUCCUUCCCUGAAGGACAUUAGUGAGCCAGAUGGGUUUUUUAAUAAUUGGCAAUAGUUUCACAGUUAUCAAUAGAUCCUUAAUUCCAGCUAUUUGUUUCCCUAUUGAAUUCAAUUCCACCAUCUGCUGUGAUGCAAUUUAAACCCAGGUCCCUGGAGCAUUAGCUGAGUUUCUGCAUUAAUAAUCUAAGGAUAAAACCACUAGGCCAUUGCACCCCUGUAUGAGGAUAGACGUCUCCUAGCACAUGCGAUUUUCAUGGAAUUGGGCCAGGUUCUGGAGGAGGUGUCAAGAGCAAUAGACUGGAUUCAGGAAUCUUUUCAAAAGGUUUUACCUGUGCUACUUCUAUGCCUUCCAUUCUCCUCCAUUUCAAUUUAGUGCUAUCUCAUGUUGCCGCACAACUUUCUGGCCCCUUACUGCCUCAGUGCCUAUUCUUGUUCUACCCAACUCCUCCAUGCAAACCCACCAUCUUUCUCUGCUCGUUUACCAAAUAUACACAGUGGGCAGAGCCAGUGAACCAUACAGUAACAAUGGCAAGUGUAAGACUACUCAGAAAAAACCCAUUCACAGUUGUUUAAGAAAAAGAAACUAGUGUUCAUAAAACCAUUUAAAAGGUUCAAUGAGACAGAUUAUUAAAGUAUAAAAUGGAAAGGCUUUAGCAACUUAAUACCCCCAAAUGUUAUGAAAAUAAACUUUAAAUCAUUAACAUAAUGCUUCCCAAGCUUUCUCUCACUGUGACCCCAUUUCAGCACUUGAAAAUUGUUGCUAAAUGUACACAUGCCAGAUACUCACUGGUGAACUUUGGAAAUUUGUAGUAGGGAUUCACUGUGUUAAUCACUUUGUGGCCCAGUGCAGUGAUACAAAUUCAUAUUAAUGUGAUUUUGUUCCUUACUUUUUUAAACGCUGAUUUUUUUUUUCUUUCCAGUCUACAUGUCAGACUUGACAGGAGGUCCAGAGCACUGCUCUUUUUAAGCUGUCUGGAUAUCCCAAUUUGUCUUGGUCUGUCAUGAUAUAUUGUCCAGACAAAUGACAGGAGAAAAGAUUAGUAUCCUAAUUCUUUAAUCAUGUUAAUCAAUUUCUUUUAAAGAGAAAAAUCUGCAACUUCACAUGAGCAUUAAUCAUAAGUUGAAUUAUCUCACCAGCUGCAGAACUUUUUCCAUUUAAGUUGUUCUACUGUGAAUUUUAUUUGCUGUGUUUCAUAGUAUCAAGCUACUUUUGUCUGCUUUUUGUCUUUUAUAGAAAUGAUUUGGAUGUGAAUACAGGAGGUGUGGUUAGUAAAUUUGCAGAUGACACCAAAAUUGGUGGUGUAGUGAACAAUGAAGGUUACCUCAGAGUAGAACAGGACCCUGAUCAGUGGGCCGUUGGGCCGAGGAGUGACAGAUGGAGUUUAAUUUAUCUAAAUGUGAGGUGUUGCAUUUUGGUAAGGCAAAUCCAGGACAGGACUUAUACAAUCAAUGAUAAGGUUCUGGGGAGUGUUGCCAGACAAAGAGACCUUGGGUUGCAGGUUUAUAGUUCCUUGAAGCUGGAGUCGUAGGUUGACAGGAUAGUGAAAGUACGCUUGCCUUUAUUGGUCAGUACAUUGAAUAUAGGAGUUAAAAAUCACACAACACCAGGUUAUAGUCCAACAGGUUUAAUAUAGGAGUUGUGGCUGUACAAGACAUUGUUAGGCCACUUUUGGAAUGCUGCAUUAAAUUCUCAUCUCUCGGCUAUAGGAAAAAUGUUGUGAAACUUGCAAGGAUUCAGAAAAGAUUUACAAGGCUAUUGUAAGAGGUGGAGGAUUUGAGUUAUAGCGAGAGGCUGAAUACGCUGGAACUAUUUCCCCUGGAGCGUUAGAGGCUGAGUGGUAACUUUUUCGAGGUUUAUAAAAUCAUGAGGGGCAUGGAUAGGGUGAAUAGCCAAGAUCCUUUUCCUAGAGUAGGGGUGUCCAAAACUAGAGGGCAUGGGUUUAAGGUGAGAGGGGCAAGAUAUAAAGAGACAACACUUUCACAUAGAGGUGGUGUGUCUAUUGAAUGAGCUGCCAGAGGAGGUAGUGGAGGCUGGCACAAUUACAACAUUUAAAAGGCAUCUGGCUGGAAACAUGAAUAGGAGGGGUUUCAAGAGAUUUGGGCCAAAUUCUGGCAAAUGGGAUGAGAUUAAUUCACGAAAUCGGGUUGACAAGGACAAGCUGGACCAAAGGGUCUUUCUGUGCAGUACAACUCUUAUGGCUCUGUGGCUUUAAGUUUUUUAAUUGAAUCUUACCAAGUAGAAAUAAAGUGUUUUUAUAAUGGGAUCUGCAAUGAUUGCAAAUAAUCAUCCAGUCAAUAAUUACCUAAAUGUUGAAAACACCUUGAAUGUAUUUAGUGAACUAAAUACAAAUAAUAAGACAAAUUUAGGUUUAGAAAUUACUGACUUCAAAAAAAUUCAUGAAAAUACAGCUCAAAAAUAUAUUCAUACUGCACUUUUGAUUUUUCACAAAGCAUUAUUGUAGUUGUUAUAUUAAAUCUAAAAAGUGCACAACCUUCAUACUAUCAGAACGUGAAAGAAGGAAGAGUGAGACCAGUGGCUCUUUGAUGUUAUGUUAUUAUAUCAUCACAUUAGCAACAUGGAAUGAAUUGACAAGACCAUCUUUUGACAAAAGUAACUAAUCUGUUGAACAUAAUUGACUCUGCCAAACAGAAUAGUGUAAUAUAAUAUUGUUCUUUACAACAAAAUUGUUGUGAGUUGAUAUCAUUAGUAUA